CACAGCCAGAAAAAUUGCUCAAAGGACUUGUCCACGUCACAAGGGGAACAGACUUGAUUUGCAAAGAUCUCAGUCAGAAACUGGAAACCAGCAACGUUAUUCAGAAUAAAUAUAGCCCGGAUUUGGUGGGGGUCCGGGAGAAAACAACCCCCAACUCUGUGAGCCCGGUGGAGCUGAGAAGCGCGGGCCUGCCGGCGGACCGGUGGCCGGAGGGCACGCGCCGGCAACAUGUAAGUGGCCGGAGGAGGAGGUGGCAAGUCAGGGCUGGGACCCAGGGAGGCCCUGCUGAAGCUGGGGAGGUGCAGGAGGCGGGAGCCCAGUGGACUCUAAGGUGGGGAGGCCGCCGGACAGCUCCGGCCUCCGAGUGCCCACAGCGGGGUUGUGCCCCCAAAGACGUGGAAACCCGACUUGGGAUGGGAAAGGGAGGGCACUGUCGCACCCGGGGGAACCGGAGAGACUCAGGGGGGGUACAGCUGACCCACCAUGUGCAGCAUCAUCCAGAGGUAGACAUGGGAAGGUCAUACCAGAAUAAAAGCUACGAAGAAGACUGCCAAUUUCACACCAGAUGGCUUAAUCACACCGGGCGCCAUUACGCCCCCUCCAGCGAAGUGACUUAUAUGUUAAAAGUUCAAAUGUGUUUAGCUAGGGCUAACCAUGCUAAUGUUUCCUCUUGCAUAAGCCCUUGUACAUAG